CACACUCCUGAAAAGGGGAUUGCACAGAGGCACAAAGACCUCUGGUGUUUCCAGUCUGGGUAGACUGUCUCUCACCACUGGGGCACUGGUGGGCACCUGUGAGCUGAUGAGUGGGACCAAAUGGCUCUGGCCACCUUGGACCCCAUUCUUCCCAGGCUUUGUCUCUCCCCGAGCCCUGCGCUUGACAUUAGAAGCCAUGCCUUGGACCCCCUUGUUCUGAGUCCUGUCAUGGGCCGUGAGGACAGGUUGUCACUGUUCCUGGUGAGCGGAUUGUCACUCGGCUCCAGCUGCACGUCCAGCUCUUCCCCUGUUUUGCUCAUGGUAAACGCAUCACUGGAGAAGGGAAGGCGGAUUUAUGCAGUUCCACGUGCCCGGUGCAAGGAUAUUGUUUGAAAUACAAAGAGUAUGAGAAAGACGUUGCCAUAGAAGAAAUCGAUGGUCUCCAACUGGUAAAGAAGCUGGCAAAGAACAUGGAAGAGAUGUUUCACAAGAAGUCUGAGGCAGUCAGGCGUCUGGUGGAGGCUGCAGAAGAAGCACACCUGAAACAUGAAUUUGAUGCAGACUUACAGUAUGAAUACUUCAAUGCUGUGCUGAUAAAUGAAAGGGACAAAGACGGGAAUUUUUUGGAGCUGGGAAAGGAAUUCAUCUUAGCCCCAAAUGACCAUUUUAAUAAUUUGCCUGUGAACAUCAGUCUAAGUGACGUCCAAGUACCAACGAACAUGUACAACAAAGACCCUGCAAUUGUCAAUGGGGUUUAUUGGUCUGAAUCCCUAAACAAAGUUUUUGUAGAUAACUUUGACCGUGACCCGUCUCUCAUAUGGCAGUACUUCGGAAGUGCAAAGGGCUUUUUUAGGCAGUAUCCGGGGAUUAAAUGGGAACCAGAUGAGAAUGGAGUCAUUGCCUUUGACUGCAGGAACCGAAAAUGGUACAUCCAGGCAGCAACUUCUCCGAAAGAUGUGGUCAUUUUAGUUGACGUCAGUGGCAGCAUGAAAGGACUCCGCCUGACUAUCGCAAAGCAAACCGUCUCAUCCAUUUUGGAUACACUUGGGGAUGAUGACUUCUUCAACAUAAUUGCUUAUAAUGAGGAGCUUCACUAUGUGGAACCUUGCCUGAAUGGAACUUUGGUGCAAGCCGACAGGACAAACAAAGAGCACUUCAGGGAGCAUCUGGACAAACUUUUUGCCAAAGGAAUUGGAAUGUUGGAUAUAGCUCUGAAUGAGGCCUUCAACAUUCUGAGUGAUUUCAACCACACGGGACAAGGAAGUAUCUGCAGUCAGGCCAUCAUGCUCAUAACUGAUGGGGCGGUGGACACCUACGAUACAAUCUUUGCAAAAUACAAUUGGCCAGAUCGAAAGGUUCGCAUCUUCACAUACCUCAUUGGACGAGAGGCUGCAUUUGCAGACAAUCUAAAGUGGAUGGCCUGUGCCAACAAAGGAUUUUUUACUCAAAUCUCCACCUUGGCUGAUGUGCAGGAGAAUGUCAUGGAAUACCUUCACGUGCUCAGCCGGCCCAAAGUCAUCGACCAGGAGCAUGAUGUGGUGUGGACUGAAGCUUACAUCGACAGCACUCUCCCUCAGGCACAAAAGCUGACUGAUGAUCAGGGCCCCGUCCUGAUGACCACUGUAGCCAUGCCUGUGUUUAGUAAGCAGAACGAAACCAGAUCGAAGGGCAUUCUCCUGGGAGUGGUUGGCACAGAUGUCCCAGUGAAAGAACUUCUGAAGACCAUCCCCAAAUACAAGUUAGGGAUUCACGGUUAUGCCUUUGCAAUCACAAAUAAUGGAUAUAUCCUGACGCAUCCAGAACUCAGGCUGCUGUAUGAAGAAGGAAAAAAGCGAAGGAAACCUAACUAUAGUAGCGUUGACCUCUCUGAGGUGGAGUGGGAAGACCGAGAUGACGUGUUGAGAAAUGCUAUGGUGAAUCGAAAGACGGGGAAGUUUUCCAUGGAGGUGAAGAAGACAGUGGACAAAGGGAAACGGGUUUUGGUGAUGACAAAUGACUACUAUUAUACAGACAUCAAGGGUACUCCUUUCAGUUUAGGUGUGGCGCUCUCCAGAGGUCAUGGGAAAUAUUUCUUCCGAGGGAAUGUAACCAUCGAAGAAGGCCUGCAUGACUUAGAACAUCCCGAUGUGUCCUUGGCAGAUGAAUGGUCCUACUGCAACACUGACCUACACCCUGAGCACCGCCAUCUGUCUCAGUUGGAAGCGAUUAAGCUCUACCUCAAAGGCAAAGAACCUCUGCUCCAGUGUGAUAAAGAAUUGAUCCAAGAAGUCCUUUUUGAUGCCGUGGUGAGUGCCCCCAUUGAAGCAUAUUGGACCAGCCUGGCCCUCAACAAAUCUGAGAAUUCUGACAAGGGCGUGGAGGUUGCCUUCCUCGGCACUCGCACGGGCCUCUCCAGAAUCAACCUGUUUGUCGGAGCUGAGCAACUCACCAAUCAGGACUUCCUGAAAGCAGGUGACAAGGAGAACAUUUUUAACGCAGACCAUUUCCCUCUCUGGUACCGAAGAGCCGCUGAGCAGAUUCCAGGGAGCUUCGUCUACUCGAUCCCGUUCAGCACUGGACCAGUCAAUAAAAGCAAUGUGGUGACCGCGAGUACAUCCAUCCAGCUCCUGGAUGAACGGAAAUCUCCUGUGGUGGCAGCUGUAGGCAUUCAGAUGAAACUUGAAUUUUUCCAAAGGAAGUUCUGGACUGCCAGCAGACAGUGUGCCUCCCUGGAUGGCAAAUGCUCCAUCAGCUGCGAUGAUGAGACUGUGAACUGUUACCUCAUAGACAAUAAUGGAUUUAUUUUGGUGUCUGAAGACUACACACAGACUGGAGACUUUUUUGGUGAGAUCGAGGGAGCUGUGAUGAACAAAUUGCUAACAAUGGGCUCCUUUAAAAGAAUUACCCUUUAUGACUACCAAGCCAUGUGUAGAGCCAACAAGGAAAGCAGCGAUGGCGCCCAUGGCCUCCUGGAUCCUUAUAAUGCCUUCCUCUCUGCAGUAAAAUGGAUCAUGACAGAACUUGUCGUGUUCCUGGUGGAGUUUAACCUCUGCAGUUGGUGGCACUCUGAUAUGACAGCUAAAGCCCAGAAAUUGAAACAGACCCUGGAGCCUUGUGAUACUGAAUAUCCGGCAUUUGUCUCUGAGCGCACCAUCAAGGAGACUACAGGGAAUAUUGCUUGUGAAGACUGCUCCAAGUCCUUUGUCAUCCAGCAAAUCCCAAGCAGCAACCUGUUCAUGGUGGUGGUGGACAGCAGCUGCCUCUGUGAAUCUGUGGCCCCCAUCACCAUGGCGCCCAUUGAAAUCAGGUAUAAUGAAUCCCUUAAGUGUGAACGUCUAAAGGCCCAGAAGAUCAGAAGGCGCCCGGAAUCUUGUCAUGGCUUCCAUCCUGAGGAGAAUGCAAGGGAGUGUGGGGGUGCGCCGAGUCUCCGGGCCCAGACAGUCCUUCUUCUGCUCCCUCUGCUUUUGAUGCUCUUCUCAAGGUGACACUGACUGAGAUGUUCUCUUGGCAUGCUAAAUCAUGGAUAAACUGUGAACCAAAAUAUGGUGCAACAUACGAGACAUGAAUAUAGUCCAACCAUCAGCAUCUCCUCAUGAUUUUAAACUGUGCGUGAUAUAAACUCUUAAGAUAUGUUGACAAAAAGUUAUCUUUUUACUUUGCCAGUCAUGCAAAUGUGAGUUUGCCACAUGAUAAUCACCCUUCAUCAGAAAUGGGACUGCAAGUGAUAGGCAGUGUCCCUUCUGCUUGAAACCUAUUGAAACCAAUUUAAAACUGUGUACUUUUUAAAUAAAGUAUAUGAAAAUCAUAA